AUGAAGUUUGCUGCUGCUCUCCUCGCUCUUGUGGCCGUUGCCUUUGCCAUGCCGGCGCCGGCUGACGCGUCUACAGCUGCCGUGGCGGAUACAGAUCGCCGUCGUCGCUUGGAAAUCUCCUUUUGCCGCAUUGAAAACUUUCAAGACUGCGAUAUCAUUGAGUCGGCCGAACGUGAUGAGUGCAACAACGUCCCUGCUGCGCUCAACGACCGCAUCCGGUCCAUCAGCUUCCACGGUGCCGACCAGUGCACAUUUUACACCGCCAAUGGAAACCGGACUGCUGACAAAAACAGUGACGCCAGCUGCACGGGUCGCAGCUUCACGGACUCCGGCUCGGUGCCGGAGCUGCACAAGAGAUUCAGGGACCGCAUCAGCUCGUACCAGUGCAGCUAA